AUGAAGCAAAUCGAGGCUAUUGGGCAGGGUGUAUUAGUUUAUCUUCGUGGGCAUGAAGGUAAAGGGAUUGGUUUAGGCCACAAGCAUCGUGCUUACAACCUUCAAGAUGAUGGACACGACACAGUUGAGGCCAAUGAAGAGCUUGGAUUACCAGUCGGUUUGGCCAUUUCCGGCAGGGAAGAUGAAAGGGUUGACAAAACUGGAGCCUAUGUACCAGAGAUUUUGGCGUUGGAAAUUCUCUCCAAACUUCCUGUUAAAUCCUUGACACGUUUCAGGUUAGUUUGUAAGGAUUGGUCUUUAUCUUUUCAUACCCCACUUUUCAUUACCAAACAUCAUCAGAACAACCUCAGAAACAACAACCUUAAUCUCCUCCUCAAACGUAGUCAUGGUAGCACCCGUGAUAACAUCUAUUAUUUCUCUCAGCUGUCGACUGAGAAAGACUUUUCGGUAAACCACAACAUUCACUUACCCUUUUUCGAGAAUUAUUUGUAUACUCCUGACGUUUAUGGUCCUUGUAAUGGAUUGUUGUGUUUACGUGAAAAUGAUAGAGUUGCCCUUUGGAACCCAUCAACUAGAGAGUUCAAAACCCUUCCUGAAUACUCAGUCCAACGCCCUCCUAAUCUGUAUUACACUGCUUUUGACCAUUGCUUUGGUUUUGGGUACGAUCCUCAAACUGACGAUUACAAAAUUGUAAGAUUUGUUUUUAAUAAAGUUUUUAAUAAAGUUUUAGAUGAUGAAUAUGAAUCGAAGAUGCAAGUCGAGUUAUAUUCGCUUAAAAGCGAUUCAUGGACGGAAAUUGUAGAACCUGAUGGGCUUCCUUAUGGCGGUGCUGUGUUUAAUACAUACGUAAAUGGGUUUUAUUAUUGGCAGGCACUGGGGGAUUUUGAUAAGCUUGUUCUUGCAUUUGAUAUGGUUAAUGAAAAGUUUUCGACUUUACCUAUGCCUGAAUUUGAUGUGUCUUUAACCCAAUACUAUUGGGAACUUUUGGAGUUCAAUGGAUUGCUUGGUGCUAUUGUUUACCCAAUUAAAGGAACCGAGAAAUCUUUUGAUUUAUGGGUUAUGAAUGGAUGUUGGAGUAAACAAUUUAGUAUUGAAUCUGUACGUGGAGUUGAGAGGCCUUUGUGGUUUUGGAAAAAUGGUGAAUUGUUUCUUGCGAGCUCGGAUCAUGAAUUAAUGAUGUUUGACCCCUCCACACGAGAGCUUAAAAAUCUGGGUAUCCAUGCUUAUGAAGAUCAAUGCAAAUUAUUGCUUAUGUUGAGAGCUUGGUUUCAUUCAGUGGAAGAUCAGAGUAUGAGGAACGUAUAAUACGUGUGCAUCUGUUUUCUUCACCGUAUUUUGCUGUGAAUUGAUUGCAGAUAAUGCUCCAGUGACGAGAAGCUUUAGUGUUGCAUCUGUUUUCUUCGCCGUAUUUUUUGGGAUCCAAUGCCGUUCGUUUAAGCUCGGAUUGUCCUAUAAGAACAGCUGCUGUCCGUUGCCACUCGAAGUCGUUAAUCCCUAGCAGCAGGCGCAACAUCACAGCAAAAUUCUCAAAUCCAACUCGUCUCAGUACAUGUCAUCACACAAACAGUCUUCUCAACAAGAAGUUAUUCGAUUAAAACAACAGUUGAGUGAAUUUGAUAAAAAAAUUACUCAAAUGAAAGCCGAAGCUGAAGCGAAAGAAGCAGCAAGAGAAGUAGAGAGAGCAGCGAUAGAAGCAGAGAGAGAAGCAUAAUUUCAGAGAAAAUAUGAAGAACUUCAACAACAAAUUGAAGCUAUGAGGCAGAUGAUGCAGCAGAAUCUUUAUCGUAGUCGACUACUUCCGGAGACGAUUGAAGCAUUAAUGUAUGCUCAAAAUUGGCUUUGGGCCGAUAUUAAAGGUAGUAGUGAAUUUAAAUUGGAGCGUUCUCAGUUUGAAGAAAUAGAGAAUGAUGAUUGUAAUACUGGAGUAUUAUAUGUCACAAAUAUUGCCAGAAAUUUUAGAA